AUGUUUCGCCUACACAGUGUGCUGCUCAUUGCCCUCGAUGUGGUGAAGGGCCCGUACACGCAUUGCUGCGCCCCUGUUAACCCCUUCGCGCGUGCCGCCAAGGAGUCUGUCUUCGUCGCACCCUCCACCGAAGAGCUGAAUGUUGAAAAUAACGAUAAUAGUAAGCGAAACGAUAUCGGCAAUAGAACCUCGCCGUGCGUGUCAUCGGCCGCCGCCGACCGGCUCAGCGACGUAUUCGUGCCGCGGUCUGAGUUCUGUCGUCGCGUCAUGUACCUGCUGGAGGCGGAGUCUGGUCUGUUGUAUCUCUUCUACCCGGAGGAGAUCGCGGGGCUACACUACCAGCGCAAGACACUCCGCUAUACACUCUGCUUCGUCUUCAGUGUAAGCAAGGAACUCGUGACGACAAGCGCGGCCCUCACAGAGCGUCUUGUGCGGCCCUACAGUGUGGUGCUAACAAGUUUCGUGGAGGAGUUGCGGAAGGCGGAGCUGCGCUACGGCUACAUGUCGCGCGGCCUCGCACGUGCCUCCUCGGUCCCUUCGCAGCGCACCAAGCAGGAGGUGGAAUCACCGCUCGAAGAAGCGGGAGAGAGUGACACGGGGUGCGCGGAUGCUUCCACCCCGGCAACAGAAGCUGCUGCUGUUGCUAGCAGAGGGGCGGCGCGUGUUAAUGUCUUCUUGACGCCGCUGCAGGACCCGGCCGCACUACAGUGGACACCACUGGACACGAUGAUCGAAACGCUCUACGCGUGCCUGAGCUGCGAGGAGGAAGAGGAGGUUGUGGCAGACCCCAGCGGUGCAAAGGAGGGCAGGCAAUCCGUGGCGGUCACAGAUCAGCAGCAGCAGCAGCAGCCGGUGCCAACAAAGGAGCGGCUUGUUUCUGUUCGUCUUUCCCAGAUGCACUCGUUUCACGUGCGUCGCAUGCGGCAACCGCACGUGCCGCCACGCCACAUGCUCGAAGAGGUGCCGAUCCCCAUCGCCGAAUACUCGGCGGAGGUGCUGGAGUGGGCGGACUUGGCUGUGCAUGACGUCUUCAAGGCGGUUGACGGGCAGCGCAGCAUCGCCAGCAUCGUGCAGAUCCUCGCCGCCGGGUACGAGGCGGUGGAGGAGCGGAAGAGGUGGCAGCACUGGCUUUCACCGCUCAGCUGCUCAUUGCAGGCGCUCUCGCCGAUGUAUACGCCAUACUUUGAGUCGUUGCCGCAGUUUAAAAGCGCUGCGGAGCUUGCCGCGUUAAGCCCGUGCUCACGCAGCGCGAAUGGUGAGAAGCUGCCCACCUCUCUUCCUAUAUCGCCGACGCAGUGCAACGAACCGCGUUUUGUCUCGCCACUCUCUUUAGGACUGCACACAACUCCGCUUGCAGCAGCACCGGCAUCGACGCCGCUCAAAGUAACGCACCCGUUGCGACCGCACAGCGAGCGGCAGGCUGAUGAUGCCGCAACGAGUAGUCAAGAGGGACUGUAUCCAGACUGGUGGGGAGAGCUGGAGCUCGUUGUACUAGAGGCGCUGCAGCACUUGGAGGUGCACAACUAUGUGCGGAUUGUGCGGCCGUGUCGGCUUAAUAGCACGUACACCACAACAGGGGCAUUCUAUCGAGUGAUGUGCGACCGGCACCACAUGGCACGCCGCAUCAUUGGUCAUCGCAUGCUGCUUGUGGAGGAACAGUUUUAUCGUCUCCGCGAACAACAUCAACCCGCACCACCACCGAAGGGGCGGCACGACUGCAUGAGUAGUGGGGCAGGUGAGACUAGAGUUGGCGGUUACACCGUGACGCUGCCUGCUGUGUUGCUGACAACAGCAGCACUUGAGCGGCAGGAACGGGAGGAGGAGGAGGAGAAGAGGCGACGGCAGCAGCAACAGAUUGAGGAUGAGCUCGGGUUGCCGCUGCCUUUUAGAACCGAGACCAUCACCCGCACACCUUCCUCCUCCUCGGUGGUGAUGACAUCUGAAGGCGUAGUGAGUGAUGUGUCCAAUAGUCUCGACGAGCGCGGGGGACACGACAACACGUACAGUGAGGCGGAAGUGGACGCCGCGGCGGCGGCAGCUCUCUGCGCACUUGGAAAAUUCACACACAACACGAUAGCCAACGUGCGGUGGGAGAUGCGACAUAUGCCUCUGUUGUGCCACGCCUUCGCGGAAUGGGAGGAGGUGUGCUGCAAGGCGCUGGUGGAGAUCGCGCUGCUCAACGGAUGGCUUGUGGAAACCACCGACGCGGUACUUCCUGGACAGCAGCUGCAGUAA